GGGGUCUGCAAGGCUGGCCUGGGCCUGGCUCCACACCGAGUUCAACAAUCAUUAACCCUGCGACCAGACCAGAGCUCCGCCAGCUGGCCGCACUCAGGCCUGGGCCCUGGGAGGAGGGGCUGAGGGUCUUGGGGUGCUGGCAACCUCUGGGAGACCCGGGGAGGAAGGGCAUGCUGCCCCUGGCCGAGGCUGCUCUGGGACCCCCCUCCAGGGGGCCUCCCGGGAGGGGAGGCAGGGUACAGGCAAAUGAUCUAGAGCCCCAGCUCCAGGGCCAGCGAGCGCUGGGCUCAGAUCCUGACCCUUUGGUGGGGUUAAUCUCUGGGACUCUGCAGAGCGGGGUUAAUGGUACCGCAGCCACAGGGUGGCUCCUAGGACCAGAUGGAGGAACACGGUUAGCUCAUGGCCUGGCACCUGGACGGGACCCCAUCACUACUGCUGUUGUCAUUCGGAGCCGGGGGCGGUCCCUGCCAGGGCCUCCCCCGCGGCUUCCUGUUGGGGGAGCGGCCGGCCAGCUCCCCUCCGUGGUGGCCGCCCCGCUCCCCUUCCUCUGCCGCACUUUCCUCCGCCUCCCCGCCCCGCCCCUCCUCAAUCCUCCGAGGAAACUUUCCGCCCGCUGGUCCCUCGGCCCGAGUCCGGCCCGCGCUGCCGCCGCCUGGGAGCCGAGCCGGGCGGGCGGGGCGGCCGGGACCGGACUGGGCGGGCGCGGCUGGGCCCCGGGUGUAUGCGGCCGCCGGACGCGCGGGGCCGGGCAGCCCGGGUGGCAGGGCGCUGACGACUGACAAGGGAGCUGCCCCUCGGAGCAGCAUGGACGCGCCCCGAAGGGACAUGGAGCUGCUGAGCAACAGCCUGGCGGCCUACGCGCACAUCCGCGCUAACCCUGAGAGCUUCGGCCUCUACUUCGUGCUGGGUGUGUGCUUCGGCCUGCUGCUGACCCUGUGCCUCCUGGUCAUCAGCAUCUCCUGUGCGCCCCGUUCGCGCUCGCGCCCGCGGGGCCCCGCGCUGCGCGGCGACCCCCGCAGCAGCACCCUGGAGCCCGGGGACGACGACGAGGAAGAGGACGAAGAGGACACCGUCACACGGCUGGGCGCCGACGACGAGCUGCAGGGCCCCGAGCUGUCGCCGGAGCCCGAUGGGCCCCUCAGCGUCAACGUCUUCACGUCGGCCGAGGAGCUGGAGCGCGCGCAGCGGCUGGAGGAGCGCGAGCGGAUCCUGCGCGAGAUCUGGCGCACGGGGCAGCCGGACCUGCUGGGCAGCGGCACGCUGGGGCCCGGCUCGUCGGGCACGGGCACGCUGGGCCGCGUCCAUUAUUACUGACGGGCUGGAGCCCCGAGCGUUGGACACGUCAAGGGAGCCCACAGCUGCCCCAGGACCUUGGGACUCUCUUGGCUCCCACGCUUCCCUGGUGCUACUGGGCGUAGAUGGCCAACCACCGAGGUCGCCCUUCCCCGGUUCUGCCCGAGGUCCCUGGGGCGGAGGGGGGCGGGGGUCAGGAGGCAGGGCCCCCAGCCCCUCUAAGGGAACUGAAAAGGCAGAGGCAAAGUGACCAAUGAAGGCUGCAUUCUCAGUGA